AUGUGGACAUCUCUCCUGUGUCUUCUUCUGGCUGGUGCAGUAUCUGCAGCACCAGUAAAUAAUGGUGGCUUCCAGGGAAUACCAUCACAGCCACAUCCUGGUCUGAACGCUCCAAUCAGCAUGGAAAUCAUUUUCCCUCCGCAAUUCCCUGCCAGUCCAGUAGGAGGAGCAGCUGGCACAGCGUCAUUCCCUACAAAAGCUUUCAUCAAAUACUCUCUCCCUAAAGUUCCUGGCAGAAAAAGUGUGGAAAUCUUUUACCCCUAUGACUUCAGUCAGCAUCAGGACCAACCCAGUGUUCCCCUGAUACCUCAAAUCCCAAAUAUCUUCCCCUUCGAUUUUAUGCCACAGACUGUUCCCCAGCAGCCACCUGUGAACCCACCAUUCCAGGAUGCUCCUCCACAAACCCAAGAGGCUCAGCAGCAGACCCAGCCGGAGCAGCAGGCUCAGACAGGACAGGUGUCUAACAAGCCAUGAAGACUGGCACAUCUUUGAAGAUGAGUGAGGAAAAAUAAAAGUCAAUCAACAAGAGUGUGUUAAAGUUUUGUGUCUAAUGCUAUUUAGAAUUAAUACAUACUUAUUUUUUUUUCUGGAAUAAUAAUUUAAAAUGAGAUGAUUAUUUAACAUGAAGAAGAUGAUUUACCCAUAUGUAUAACAACAUUUUUUUUGAGUUCUGUAACUGCAUGGUAUACAGAUUGACAUGUGCUGGUUUGGUCUUAUUCUGAUGUGAAAAACUGAACAAAUUUCAAUGAACAUUUUCUAAUCUAGGCCUUUUGUGAGUAGUGUUUUCAGUAAUAAAGUCAAUUAAA